AUGGCUACGCCCGCCACUUCUUUAUUUCCAGACCAGUAUGUGAAGCACAAAAUCAUCGACGUGUUCAUCGAGCGGGAAGACGGUAGUCUCGGGAUAGUACUGCGUGGUGGAGCACAUCCGGAUCCUGACAUGUGCAAGCCGUUGACUGUGACGCACGUCAGACCUGACGGACCUGCCGAUAGAGAAGGCACAAUUAAGGUUGGUGACCAUUUAUUAGCCGUCGAUGGUAUUUCAUUAAAUGGCUUAAUACUGGCUGACGCUGAUGCAAUACUCAGACAGUCGGAUGGAGCAUGCCGAUUGACCGUUCGAUACCAAGUUUCGGCUGCGGAUCGAGUCGGUAAUACCACUUGUCCAAUGUUGGUUGAAGUUGAAAGUCCAAGACCCCAUCAAUUAGGUCUAACUUUGACAAACACAAUCAAUAAUAGUGCAGUCGUAGUCGAUCAUGUAAAACCUGGUAGCAUUGCCGAGCGAUGUGGUGCUUUAUUUCCGGGUGAUCAGAUAGUGGCCGUAAAUGACACAAGGGUGGCCGGCCUAAGGACAGCGGCCAGUGACGUAUACAAACUACUACGAACAUGUGGAGGCGCUCAGUCCACUCUCAGACUAGAAAUAAUACCGGCAUUUACCACAGACUUAAUACAUGCAGAUUAUUGUUCGUCAUACGAUUCKCGUCAACAUUUAUACUCCGUAUACGAAGAUCCCAUCGAUCCUGUAGUUUGGGAACCAACAGAAACGCAUAACGUAGUACGAGUAGACUACAAUAUAUUGACUUUGGUGGCCGACGAAAACGGUCGGUUCGGAAUGGACAUUCGAUCGAAUAACAUGGCACUUGUUGUUUGUUAUAUUGAACCCGGAGGACCCACUGACAGAACCGGUUGYGUGCAAGUUGGCGAUCGCAUACUGUCUGUAAACGGGUGCAAGAGCACCAGUUUCGUGCCUUUAUACCAGCAACCGCUGCACGAUUUUUUAGGACCAGAAGUAAAAAAUGCAUGCAUUAAGGUGGAGUUUGACAUAACUGACUUUGUAGUUCCCACGUCGGGAGAGUUCACAGUGAAGUUACURAAAAACGACUAUAGAAGUCUCGGAAUCACGAUAACAGACGAUGGUAACGGGCAAGUGUGUAUUUCGGAAAUCAUACCUGGCUCUAUAGCUCAUCGGUCGGGCACAUUAAAAAUUGGGGACACUUUGUUGGCUGUGAAUAAUAAAUCGCUAAGUGAUUGCACUAGACAAGAAGCAAGUAGUAUACUCCAAGAAGCUGGUGAUGUGGUGACGCUGCGAGUACGAACUUCCAAUACAACGAUAGAUGAUUAUGAAAACGAAGAUGAUUUGGUUCAGUACACAGUAGAACUAUACAAAAAAGGAGAACCGUUGGGUAUUACCAUCACAGGUUCAGAAGAUUCCCGCUUACCGAUUUCUAUACAAGAAUUAUCACCAGGUGGAUUGGCCGACCGGACAGGCGCUAUACACGUGGGUGACCGUCUGCUGGCGAUCAACGGCGCGGACUUGUCCGAGGCACCGCUGUCCACGGCCAUAGCACAGCURCAGAACACCGACGAUCGAGUGGUGAUCACUGUUUCGCGACCACAACAGCGGUCGUUGUACACCAGUGCUGGUAUGUUGUCCGGGUCCACCGCGGCUGCGGAAGACUCGGCCAUCGAGUCGGACACAUGUACCCGGUCGGCGCCCAACUUGCAUGAGCCGACGCCCGACCGGAUUGUGUUCCGGCAUCGGUCCAAAAGUGCUCAGAGGAAGGUGCCGGAGUUCGACAGCGACUACUUCGGUGGCACUCUCCGCCCGUACUAUAUACGCGAGCACGCCGACUACGAUAUCGAUAGUAUAUUCAAGAUAGCCGAGAACCAGGACAGGGACGGGCUGCUCGAUUUCGACCUGUUCCAACGAGUUUUUUUGCAGGUGAAUAACACCAGGACAGAUGAUUCAGACUGCUGUCUGACUGUGCCGUUAGUGGCGUCUGCUGGAGACAAAAUCACACUGACCGUGGAAAGACGGAACAACAUGCCAAGAAUUCAAUUUCCUUAGUCGCGUUAAAAAUUUACUUAUGCGUUUCUGCACAGCAUGUCUUACAAACUCGAUUCCACGAAAGAAAUUUUUGUUUUAUGGACUUAUGGUUGUAUAGACUCCUCGUGUUCUAUAUACGUUUGAUUUAUGUAUUAUUUAUAUUAUUUUUCUUUUUCAAAACGUACAACGCUAAUAUUACACGAUAAUAAGCAAAACUCUAAUCCUAUAAUAAAAUCAUCGUAACUAUUUUAUAAGUACUAUUCGUUAAUAUGUCUAUGUUAUUUUAAGUUAAAAUCUAUGUACAUGUUACAUUUUUAUAUUUAAUUUUUUUAUACUCAUUAUUUUUAUUUUGUCCGUUAAUAUAAUAAUUUUAAACGUGUUUAUUUAUAAGAGCGCGCGAUGUCUGUACAUGAUGUUUUUGAACUGGAUAUUUGGGUAUAAUUGAAAGUAUACUAUAAUAAACAAUAAUUUAAUAAUAUUA